AUGACCUCAGGAGCGGAUGAUGCGGAAGAGCAAGGUCUUGAGUCUGAUGAGCUUGACCUAGGAGAUGUUGGCCUUGAAGUCUCCACUGGUGAUCAAUCCGUCGCUGGUGAUGAAUCGGCAUCCUUGCAAGAUGAAGAGGCUGGUUUGGACCAAGAAAUGCCCGUUGAGGAUAACCUUGACGAAAAUGAAGAGCAUGAUGGCCAUGAACAGGUUUCUGAUGGCGAGGGUGUUGAGUCAGAGCUGGAUGAAGAGGUUGAUCAUGAGCAGGUGGACCAAGACGAGGCUCAGAAGGACGACCAGCACGAGCAAGUUGAGCAAGACGGCGAUCAAGACGAGGAGGUUGAACAGGAAGAGUUUGAUCACGGCGAGGUCCAUGAAGACGAAGAUAUCGCAGUCGACGACGAUGUCAUCUCCCAGCCUCAAACCCCCAUCAUUAAAGAUGCAUCAAAUGACGAAGAGACUCGGGCCGAUGUCGACCAGGCGCUGGACUCCCCUCUUCCUUCAACGGAACCAGAGGACUUGGUUCAGGACGACGACGACGCCGUCGAUUCUCAGAGCAUCCCGGAAGAUGAAGAAACCCAGGAGCUCGCCGAUGCCGAGACCCUUUCCGCGCACCAAGAACAUGACGCCGCCGACGAUGACCUCUCCCAGGAGCACAUCUCCGACUCUGAGCAGUAUGACCAAGCUUCCGAGGAUGGAAGCUUCCAAGACAUCAACCAGGAUGAGGUGAUCUCUGACAACUUUCAGGAGGUGGAAUACAGCCUGAAAGAUCCCGAGUCCUCUGAUAAAAAUAGAGAGCGCCCCAUGGGGACCGACCACGAGGAUUUUCAGCCUCGCCAGGACGAGGUCAAUGAUGAUGGGCUUUACGAGCAGGAUUCCCCUGAGGAGGAUUUCUCUCACGAGAACCGACAGGAAAGCGAAUACGUCGCUGAGGAUGAGGAGGCGAACGUAGAGGUGGAUCGGUCUCCCGACCUGGUCGAUGAGACUGUAGAGGAGGAAGCCGUCCAUCAAGAGGAUGUAAACCUGCCAAAAACCAGUACCCCCGAAAACCUUACCCAUGCCGAGCUUUCAGAAGACGACUGCGCUGAAGACGACUACGCGCAUGGUCCGGCUACCCCUACCUCAGACGACGCUUUUCCAGAAGAUACCCUCGAAACUGAAGACGGUGCCUCAGAUGACGAGGCUCGUUCUCCACAUGCUAAAUCGUUUGAUGACGAGUUUCCCGAGGAGGCGGAGACAUCAUAUGAGAACGCCUCUGACGGUAAGGAGGGAUUACUGGGGCAAGACGAUGAUGAAUUCACCCCUGCUGCCUCGGACGACGAGCAAGUUGUGGAUGAAGAUGGCGCCGAGGUGACACCUGAAGACCAAGAAGAGGAUCUUCCAGCGGAAGACUACCCCGCCGACGAAGAUCAAGUCCAAUACGGAGAGGAGGAGGCCCUUGCUGUGGAAGAUGAUGAUUAUCCUCUGGAAGAUGCCGAUGAAGCAAUUGAGGCUGAUCGCUCAUUCGAAAACAGUUCUGUCGACGGAGGUUUCACGCCCCAGGAUUUGACUCCUGUUGAGAGCCCCAUUCGUGACGAGUUCCCAGAGGAUCGAGUUCAGUCUGACGGUGAAUAUCGCGACGAGGACGCUUCUCAGUCCGUUGAUAACGGUCAGGUUCAAUACGAGAAGGAAGCAGCAUUGGAAGACGAGCAUAUCGUUGAGGAGGCUGUUGCCGGCCAAGAAGUCGACUAUUCCUCUGAAACCCAGGAUUUCACUGAUGAAGAGGCACCUGUUGAUGAAGCCCUCUACGAUGAAGAUGCCCAAGACAAUCCCCCGGACAACGAUAAUUUCGUCGACGAGGAUGGCUACGCAUCUGAAGUACCUCCCGCUGAAGACGAGAUUUGCAAUGAAGAGUAUCAACCCAGCGACCUGGAAUACUUCGAUGAAGAUGCCGAGUUUACUAUUGACGAUCAAUACGACGAGGAGCCUGCUCCGGAAGAUGAUGAACACCCCGAAGAUGACCAGCAGCAGUUCACCAAUGGCGAGGAAGAACUCAACACCGAGGCCCUCGACAACGAUGCUCCGCCAUACGACGAAGAUCUCCCCCUUCAGGAAAAUGAGUAUCAGCCGGAGGAAGAGGACUUAAUCGACGGGGAGCGCUCUCUACCUGAGGAUUUCGUCGAAGAAGCUGACGGUGAAGGUUUCGUUGAUCACGACGACUCGGAGCAUUACGACGAAGAAAUCCCUGUUGAAGGCCAAGAAUACGAAGAAGACCCCGCCUACGAAGAGGAAGAGUAUCCGUCUCAAAACGGCGACAACCAGUUUGACGAAGUGGAACCUGUCGAGGACGGCGAGUACGCUGAGGAUGACGCUCAGUAUCAGGAGGAAGCACCCGUCGAUGACGGCGAAUUUGCCGGAGAAGACAACGCCCAGUACGAUGAAGAGGCUCCUUUGGAAGAUGGCAAGUACACCCCACAAAAUGACGAAUUUGUCGACGGUCAACGCUCGCUUGAUGAUGAGGUCUUUGAGGGCGAUGGCAUCCCUGUUGAUGAUCAGCCACUUGAGGACAGGGAGGAUGAGUACUACGACGAGCAGCACGCUAUUGACGACGAGGCUUUUGACGAAGAGCCCGUUGGCGACGAACAGGUCGACGAAGAGGGCUUCGAGGAAGAAGUCUCUGAAGAAGUUGCUCCCGAAGACGAAGCUCAGCUUGAAGAACCUCGAAUGACCGAAGAAGAGCUCCGUGAACUUGAGGAAGCCUUUGACGCCGACUUUCUCAACACCAUCUCUGGUGACUUGGGUGUUCUCGCGAUCCCUGCCGCUGACGAUCACAUCACCUUUGAGGAGCUUCACAAUCAGAAAUGUGCAGAGCCAGAAGGAGAUGGAGAGCCAGAUCCCGAGGCUGAGGAGGUCUUUGAGUGCGAAGCCGACCUCGAAGAGCAACAAGACUUCGACGACCAGGAAGAGUUUGAGGGUCAAGACGAGGAGGAGCACGAAAGCCAAAACAACUUUGAUGAGCAAGAAGACUUCGAAGGCCAAGAGGAUCUCGACGGCGACGGUGAGCGCUCCCUGGAUAUUGAAGAUGAGCAGGAAUAUCUUGAAGAUCAAGAACACUUUGGCGACCAGGGUGAACUUGAUGGGAAUGAGGACCUCGAUCAGCAAGAGGACUUUGACAACCAAGAUGAGUACCAAGACCAGGAAGAGCCCCAAGACGAUCAGUAUUUCGACGACGAUGGCGAGCGUGGGUCGGAUCUUGAGGGGGACCAAGAAGACUUCGACCGUCAGCAAGAUUAUGACGACCAACCGGAAUUUGAUGGCCAAGAGGACGUUGAAGGUCGGGAGGAACUCGACGCACAACCAGAAUUUAACGACCAGGAAGAGGACUUUGAAGGCCAAGAAGAAUAUCAAGGCGAAGAUGGCGAACGCGAUAUCUUCCUCGAAGUCAAGGAAGGACAAGACCUGCUUGAAGAAAACCAAGAAGGUGAAUACCUCUCCGGUCAAGACGAAGCUGCUGAGUUCGAAGACGACUUCAACGAGGACGAGAUUGUCUCUGAGUUGCUCGACGAAGAAGAUGACGACGACCUCUUCACCGUCUACGAUGACGACGAGGAAAAGUUUGCUGUUGAGAAGAAUAUGUAUGCUGUUCUUGAUACUCCUGCUGCGGCGAUGUAUGGUCCGCCUGGUAUGACUCACGACCUUGGCUGGGAUGAGGACGAGGAUGAGGAGGAGUAUGAGGAGGGAGAGGAGGGAGAGGAGGUGUAUGGGGAGGGAGAGGAGGUGUAUGUUGAGGGUGAGCCGUUGGAAGAACCAGAGUAUCUCGAGGAUGGUGAGGGUGAAGUUGAAGAGGGGGAAUUCCUUGACGAGGAAGAUGGUGAGCGGGAGGUUGAUGAAAACGAGAUUGCAGAGGGCGAGGAGGAGUAUGUUGAGGAGGGUGAAGAGGAGGAGUUCUCUGAAGAAGAGUACCUCGAAGUCGAGGAAGAGUACGCUGAAGAGGAAGGCUUUGAAGGGGAGGAGCAAGGUGAGGGCUAUGAUGAAGAGGAUGGCGAGCGCGGCUUGGAUGAGGAGAUGGAAGAAGGUGAGUUUGCCGAGGAGGGUGAGUACAUGGAGCGUGAGGAAGAAGGUGAGUAUGCUGAAGGUGAAGAAGAAGGUGGGUACGUGGAAGGCGAGGAGGGUGAAUAUGAGGAAGGUGAAGAGGGCCAGGGCGAAUUUGAUCCGGAAAUGGACGGUGAGUUUGAGGAUGGUGAGCGUGGUUUGGAUGAUGACGAGUUUAUGGACGGCGAGGGAGAGUAUGUUGAGGAGGGAGAAUUUGAAGGUGAAGGUGCAGGGUUUGCCGAAGGCGACGAAUUUGGCGAAGGAGAGUUUGCUGAGGAUGGUGAAUUUGGUGAGGAGGGCGACUUUGAAGACGGUGAGCGGGGUCUGGACGAGGACUUCGAUGGCGAGGGUGUGGAAGGGGAACAAGAGUUUGCCGAAGGUGAGUACCAGGAAGAUGGUGAGCUCGCCAAUAGUGAGGAAUUCGGGGAUGGAUUCGCAGAUGGCGAGGCUGCUGAGGGUAAAUAUGCUGAGGGUGAAUAUGCUGAGGAUGGUUUGCUGGAAGAAGACUUCACCGAGGAUGGCGAGCGCGGUUUCGAGGAUGAAGAGGCCGGCGAACCGUUCGAGGAGGAGCUUGCCGAGGAGGAAUUCGCCCAAGACUAUCCUGAAGGCGAGCUCACCAUCAUUUCACACAUGACGAAAGACAACUUUGCUAACAAUUCCACAGGUGAUGAGUUCGACGAAGAGAUGGGCGAGGAUGUGGGCGAAGAGCUUGGAGAAGGCGACGAAUAUGCUGAGGAGAUGGGUGAUGAGUUUGGCGAAGAGGGUGAUCGGGGCGAAGAUAUGGAGUUUGGAGAGGAGGAAGAGGAAGUCUCAUUCGGAGAGGAAGCCCCAUUUGAGGAGGAGCCUCUAUUUGAGGAAGAGCCUCCAUUUGAGGAAGAACCUCUGUUUGAGGAGGAGACUCCAGUGGAGGAGGAGGUAUAUGAGGAGGAGCAGAUCAUGGAAGAGGGGUUUGACGAAGACCCAGCUCCCAUGGAUGAGGAGUAUCUGGAUGACCAGGGCCCAGUUGAAGAGUUUGGUGAACCAGAAGAAGCCAUGUACGAGGAUGCCACUCAGGACGAAAUGUAUGACGAAGGCGACCGCACCUUGGAGCCCAUGGAUACCGGUUUUGAAGACGGCUACAGGCCAGAGCCCGCGGACGAACCAGCAUUGAAAGAGCCCUCAUACGACCAGGAGUCCGCCUACGAGCCGGAGCCUGAGCCAGCCUAUGAGCCGGAGCCUGAGCCGGAGCCGGAGCCUGAACCAGCAUAUGAGCCCGAGCCAGAACCAGCAUAUGAGCCCGAGCCAGAACCAGCGUAUGAGCCCGAGUCCGAACCAGCAUAUGAACCCGAACCUGAACCAGCAUUUGAAGCUGAGUUUGACCGUACCUUCGAAGCAGAGCCUGAACCUGAAGAAGUCUAUGAGCCUGAACCAGAGCCGGUAUAUGAACCGGAGCCAGAGCCUGAAGUGUAUGUAGAGGAGGAGAUUGGUGACUAUGGGCCAGAACUGGAACCAGAACCAGAGCUUGAACCCGAACAGCCCAUGGAAGAGGAGUUUGGCGAUGUGGAAGGCGAAGCAUUUGCGGAAGACGUUGACUUCGUGCAAGAGGAUGAUGUGGUAUUCGACGAGGGCUUUCAAGAUGAGGAGCCUGUCGAAGAAGAAUUUGAGGAGCCAGCUGAGGAGUUUUACGAAGAACCAGUGGACGAGUUUUACGAGGAACCGGCUGAGGAGCUGUAUGAAGAACCGGCUGACGAGGUGUAUGAAGAACCGGCUGAGGAGAUGUUUGAAGAAUCCCUUGUUGAAGAGGCGUAUGAAGAACCAGUUGAGGUUUACCAAGAACCAAUUGAGGAGGUUUACGAAGAGCCAGUGGAGGAGGUGUAUGAAGAGCCGGUUGUUGAAGAGUUGUACGAAGAACCCGUUGCUGAAGAGGUGUAUGAGCAGCCUGCUGCAGAGGAGGCUGUUACAGAGGAGCCUGCUGCAGAAGAUGCGUAUGAUAAGCCUCUUCAAGAGGAGUUUGGAGAGCCAAUUCAGGAGGUAUAUGAGGAACAGGGGCCAGAGGUGUACGGGGAGUUAAAUGAGGAGCCUGUUCAAGAUCUAUAUGAAGAGCCAGCUCAGGAUGUGUAUGAGGAGCUGGCCGAGGAAGCCUACGAGGGGCCGAUUCAGCAGGAGAUUGAGGAGCCGGCGCAGGACUUCUAUGAGGAGCCAAGUGAGGAGGUAUACGAGCAGCCUGAUGGGGAGGCAUAUGAGGAGCAUAUUUCACAGCCCAUUGAAGAGGUUGCUGACGAACCUGUCUAUGAUGAUUCUUCUGCGGAGGUUUACGAGGAGCCAGCAUCUCAAGAGGAAGACGGUGAGCCGACAUACGAUGAGCCAUCUCACCACGAACCAGCAUAUGAGGAACCAGCUUCCGAGGAAGAGAUUGUCCAAGCAAACGAGCAAGCCGCUGCAGAAGUAUACCAGGAACAGACUUACGAAGAACCAGACAAUGAACCACCAGUCGAGCAGGUAUCGGAACAGUACGUCGAAGACCAAAUAUACAACGAAGGGACAGAUGAAUAUAUCCAGGAGGACCUCGAAGAGCAACCGCAAGAUGCGACAUACGACGAACCAGCCCAACAGGAUUUCGAUGAGCCAAUUGCUCCAGAUUCCCAAGAGGAGUAUCAGAAUAUGGUCCAAGAACCAAAUCAGGAACAUGGCCAAGUCCCAGUGGAACAAAGCUACGAGGAGCCAGGGCAAGACCUGUAUUCUGGACAAGGCUGGGGAGGUGAUCUGACAGAAGACGAAGCUCCAUACACUGACGAGCAGCCCGAAUAUCAUGAACUUCAUUCCCAACCAGAGGAUGACGUUCUGCCCGUCCACCCCGAACCCACGCCGUCUUAUCAAGGGCCAAUUGACGAUCUCUCGCCUCCCCCAUCCCCACCGCUAAACCAACCACAGCUGGAACCCGAGACCCGGGAGGAUGAGAGCGAGACAAUCAUCGUUUAUUCUGAUGAAGAGGUGGUCUAUCCCGUGGCACAAGAGAUUCAUCAGGCCUUAGAUGAAGAACCUUACAAUCCCGAGGAGACCUCUGGAGAGCCCCAUCACACAGACGAGCAGUUCCCUCGCCCAAUCACCCCAGAUGAUGACAUUUACGGAUCCAAUGCACUCUCUCCAUCCUUCAACAACCAUCUGAAGAGCCCUGCAGUUGCUCCUAACUGGGGACGUGACUCGCAGCUACUAUCUCCAAGACCGCUCACCCCGCCACUCGAAGAUAUGCAACAAGACGUCGAGUAUGUCUCGAGCCCAGUGCCUGGAUGGGAUGCAAGCCAACACAGACCCGUGACGCCGCCUGAUGACCCCCACGAUCACGAGAUGCUCUCACCUCCUACCUUGCAGCCAAGCCCACUGGUCGAUAGUCGAUUCACUUCCACCGAGCACUAUCACCAGGAACAGGACAUCGAGGAAAAAGAUGAUGCUCACGACCAUACGGGCUGGGCUGGUGAGAACGCAAUGACUUCGCCACAAACCCCUGCGGAGGUUGACCACAUAUACCCUGCUGCUUGGCCUAGACCACCAAAGUUUCCCGUUCAACAAAGCACCCGUGGAUUUGCCGCACACCCCAGCCCGAUGGAAAGCGCUCAGUCCCCCGCAGUUGAUACUAACACUUACUUGUCGGAGCCUGAUUCCAUUGGCGACGAUCGACGACUCUCGGAACCUGAGUUUGAGAUCAUAAAUGCGGAUGCCAGAAAUCUCGACACAUACGCCCCGGUUGAGAGUUCUCCAGUCUCCCACCAAAUGUCACCCCAGUCACCACAACGUGUUUCCAAAGACUAUUCUGCCCGCCAAACAUCAGUGUCUCCGGUGCGAGUGGAAUCGGUGGAUUACCAAGUUCCUCAUGAUCGGCCAUCCAUAGAAGAGUACAUGCAAGAUGAACCAGCAAGCCCAUACGAAGAUUACACCUAUGUCCAACCAGAGCAGAUUGCGCAGGAUGGCUACGACCAACAGCAGCCAGAGUAUCAUAGCUAUACAUCAUCACCCGCCAUUAUCGUGCAGGAGGAGAGAGUUGUCGAGCAACAACAAUAUCAACCUCCCCCUCCACCUCCACCUCCAAGCCGCCCACUGAGUCUCUUUCCCAAGCAAACGCACCCAACGGAGCAACAGACUCGAAGUGCCAACCCAGGGCUAAGAUCCAACAGUCAGGACGCAUAUCAGGCCAACGAACCAAUGCAGCUGAACAGUGUCUCGGAUAACAACACUCAGGACGCGGCAACAGCCAAUGUCACUGCUAAGCACGGCGGCAACACCCAAAGGAACCUGUGGCUGCUUCCUCUCAUGGCUACAGCAACGCUUGGAUUUGGCAUGGAAUCACUCGAGGAGCAGUAUCAUACCUCCACCGACAAAUCAUCUGGGUGGACAUUUAAGGGUCUCUUUGGAUUUGGCAAGCAAAAGCAGAGUACCACAGAAACGCCCGGGAGCAGCGGCAACUCUCCGAUUGUCAUGCAGACGGAGCAAUCCUGGCCAGUUUCUCAACUAACGCCUCCCAACGCGACAAGUUCUCGCGGACUGAAUGUUGUGCAAAACAACACUUCACGGACACCUAGCCUAGCGCCUCAGUUGGCCAACGACACCAACGUUGAGGAACCUGCGCCGAAGAAGAAGGGCUUCUUCGCAUGGUUCGGCCGACGCGACAAGACUGUGGUCACCGAUGUUGAAGCCCCCAGUCCGAUCCCUCAAGAGUCAUACGAAAUACAGAACACUCCCCAGGCCCGCGCCAUGGAGCCUACACGACAAAGCGCCAACUUCAGCAACAUAGCAACAGUCGAGCGUGGCCCACAGAAUUCCCAGUCGCCUCAGAUGAUGGCAGUCGAACGGCUACCCGCCGACAAGGUGGACGAAGCACUUAAAAAGCGAGGAUUCUGGGCCCGGUUAUUUGGCAAGAAGUCUCAACUACAAAAACAGUCAUCACGAGCCAGCCCGCGCGAGGCCGUCUCGGGUGGUUCACCUGAUAUCGACGCUCAGCAACCGGAGAAAAGGAAGGGCUUCUGGGCCAGACUGUUCUCUCGUUCCAAGAAAAAGACCCAGUCUACCGACGACAUCGAAAUGGGCAAGAUGAACACCCAGGACGACCAAAUAGCCCGUGUGGGUCGUGUCAAGUCUGGCAGCCCGCAACUCAUGCAAGGUCCAAACAGACGCACUUCCGCGGUUGGGGCCAUUGUUGGACUUAAUGCUCGCCAGCAGCAGACACCUCAGCAAUGGCAACAGACCAUCGCUGAAUACAACGAAACUGAGUUUGACGAGCCACCCAAACCUAAGAAGAAGAGGGGCUUGUUCACUCGUUUAAGAGCGAAGAAAGCAGCUACUGUCAAGAACAAAAACAAGGACAAAGGAAAGGGGAAGGCAGCGCAGAAAACUGACGGAGAGUGGGAAGACAUCGACGAGCAGAGACAUGAGAUGACUCCCCGUCCACCAACUCAACCCAAGCCUGCUAGAGUGAAGAAGUAUGGAGCGGUUGUGGGUAACAGUGAGGGACUUGCGCAGCAGCAUGUCACUGGUCCGAGACAGAAGGAGAGAGGGAGGGCUAGGACGGGCGCGGCGGCUGUUAAUCCGAAGAACUGGUUUUGGAUGGAUGUUUACUGGAAGUAA